AUUCUUCCAUCCUUAGUAUAACAAAUUCACAAAACAGAUGAUAAUCAAUUGUAUACAAUUAAUAAAGUUUGUGGACAAGUCGUAACAAAAAAAUAUAAUAUUUUAUUUGAAGGGAGACAAUUUGGAAAGUAAACUAUGAAUCCCAACAUGAAUAUGCACAACAUGCAGCAGAUGAACAUUUCACAAGUCGGUGGGCCAAAUCAAAUGAUGCAGCCUGGGGUUUCGCCAGUUUCCAUGAUGCAAGCUUCUCCCCAGCAACAGAUGCAGGGUCAAAUGCAAGCGCAAGUAUCGAAUGCUGCACAACAACAGCAACAGCAGCAGCAGCAACAACAACAGCAAGCUGAAAAAAUGGAUAAUAUCCUAAAGGUCAAGAGUUUACUCUCACCUUUACGCGAGUCGCUUUUUCUUACUUUACGUACUGGAGCCUUUUCAUUGCAAGAACACAAUUUAGCAGAUAAUCUUAAACGCGACACAGCAUCACAUGCUGGGCGAUUUGAAAAACAUCUCGAAGACUUUUAUGCUUAUUGCGAUCAAAUCGAGUUACAUUUAAAAACAGCUAUUCAAUGUAUGCAACAGUUAUCAUCUGCACAACACUAUUUGCCGAGUGCAGUGACGCCAGCUCGUAUGGAACCAUACAUGCAAGACAAUUCCGGUGGCCCUAUGACAUACUCUACUUAUCUCAACAUUGUGCGCGUACAUGUGCAAUCAGCUAAAGAUAUCCACGAUACUUUAAUUAGUGCGGCACAAAACAUAUCUCAGGCCGAUUGAUGAAUACUCUAAACAAAAUAUAGUAUUGUGCAAGUAAACAAAUGACAUUGUAAGCUCUGAAAAAUUGCAUUAGAGUCCAUGAAAGAGCCUAACGGAAAGUGUUUGUAUGUCCGAAACCCUAUACACGUAAUUAUUAAGUAAAAUAAGAAUAUUAUAUAAGACGAAUAUUAUUUUUCAUUCUGUUCAAAAAUUUUGCAUACUUUUUUUUGUUGUACAACAUAACUAUACAAAUAAACAAAUUAAAAUUUCAUAUAACAAAAAAAUGUGUAUUUUAUAUUUAUAAGUUCAGUGAUAACAAUUGGGAGUAGGUAAUAAAUACUAUUGCAAUUAUUAUAUAUUUCUAUACAUGACACUUUAAUAAUAUAAAUCUAAUAUUAAUGGUACAAAGCUUUUAUUAUUAUUAUUGUUUUUUUGUUUUCGAUGACAUAACGUUAACGUUCUACGCCGGUUGAGUUUCUAUCAGCACCUUAUUCGCAUAUAUGCAUCUGUAUGUUAUUUGAAUGAAUGUAUAUCAGUAAUAAUAUUUUGAUCACUCUCAGCGAUAUUACUUUAUAUGUCUGGGUUUAGCCGUAACAGAAAAACAGACAACUGAGUUUAUGGAAGUUCAGUCUCUUCAGUGCGCUCAUUUAGUGAAGAUCAUCGCAAAACGUAGUUAGCUCAGUGAUUUGUUCAAGCAGAGA